GCCUGUCACUCCUUUCGCCACAAGCCGCCCUUUGACUAAAGCGUGCGGUGGGCUGCGGCGCGUGCGCCUGCCCCAGGCCAGGGCUCGCGGCGGAACGAUGCCACCUGGGACUCUCGCGUUCUGCGGGGACAGAAUUAAUAAGAUGGCAAAACAGAAGAGAAAAGUUACUGAAGUGACAGAGAAAAAGAAGAAAAAACUGAAGAAGGCGUAUGCAAAAGAGAACCUACUGGCACCCGAAGCCAUGCCGGGGACCAAGCAAGCGCACGCCGAGGGAGACACAGUGUCAGGGACCAAGCAGGAAACGGCCCCCCAGCUGCCUGCGCUGACCCCAGAGGAGAAGAGGAUCCGGGACAGGAAGCUGAAGAAAGAGCGGAGGAAAGAGGAGAGGAGGCGGCUGCGGGAGUCGGGAGCCGCCCAGAGCCUGCCGGCCAAGCGCUCUGGGUCCCAGCUGGCCCUGGACUACCUCCGUGGCUGGGCCGAGAAGCACGAGAACUGGAGAUUUCAGAAGACAAGGCAGACGUGGCUGCUGCUGCAUAUGUACGACAGCGACCAGGUUCCCGAUGAGCUCUUCUCCACCUUGCUGGCCUACCUGGAGGGGCUCAGGGGCCGCGCCAGGGAGCUGACAGUGCAGAAGGCAGAAGCCCUGAUGCGGGAGCUGGACGAGGCCAGUGGCGCAGAACCCCUCCCACAGGGGAAGACCCAGCGCAUUCGGCAGGUGCUGCAGCUGCUCUCCUAGGGGGUGGCCGGCAGGCCCGCGGGCCACUGCCAUCACUCAGGAUGCAGCCC